AUGGCCACUUUUCUCUUCGUAUCUCUUCUCUCUUCUCUAACUCUAUCACUCGUUCUAAUCUCGGUCACAGGAGAAACCCUAGAACGUAGUUUCUUGCAUCCCAAGAAAGAGAAACUAACUCAUUUUAGAGUAUAUUGGCACGACAUCUUGGACGGCAAAGACCCGACUUCGGUUCUAAUAAUGAAUCCUCCGGCAAACUACACAGGGGCAACGGGGUUUGGCACCACGCGUAUGAUUGAUAAUCCGUUAACGAUGACCCCAAAACUAAGCUCAAAAAUGGUGGGAAGGGCACAAGGGUUUUAUGCAGCCGCAUCUAAAGAAGAGGUGGGAUUGUUGAUGGCUAUGAAUUUUGCGAUUCUAGAUGGGAAGUAUAAUGGAAGCACGAUCACAGUGUUUGGAAGAAACUCGGUGUUUGAUAAGGUGAGGGAGAUGCCUGUGAUCGGAGGAAGUGGACUUUUCCGAUUUGCUAGGGGUUAUGUUCAGGCAAGAACGCAUGUGUUUGAUCUCAAGUCCGGUAACGCUGUCGUCGAGUAUAAUUGUUAUGUUUUGCACUAUUGA